AUGGCUCCCAUCAAGAAACUCGUCUGGGCUCUUUUCGUCGCUGCUGAUCUCGCAGCUGCCCACAGCGUCAUUACCAAUGCAGUUGGGGACGCUGGCGGCUCUGGGAUGGCCCUCGGUGUUGACACCUCCACUCCUCGCGAUGGCACCAGACGCCGGCCCUUCCAAACUGAUGCUACCCGCUUCCGUGGUGAUGCUGCUGACACUGUUGGCGAGACACUCGCUGGUGGUGACAACCAGAUUGAGCAGGGCACCCUCGACAUCAUGGAAGAGACUGGCAGUCAGCUUCCUCAAGUCAACCCUGGUGGCAGCCUUGAGAUGACCGUCCACCAGGUCAAUUCUGACGGUGCUGGACCCUAUACUUGUAUGAUCAACUCCGAUGGUACUGGCACCUCAUGGGACAACAUCCAAGUGACUACCAACGUUGAAGGCAACGAUCGCGGCCGCAACCGCGAUGGCGAGAUGGGUGACUUUCCUCUUGUUGCUUCUAUCCCUGCAGGACAGAAUUGCACUGGCUCCGUCGCUGGUGAGGAAAAUGUUUGCCUUGUUCGUUGCCAGAACCCGGCACGGGCUGGUCCUUUCGGUGGUGUUAUUCCAGUUCAAAUGGCCCAGGCUACCGGCAACAACGGCAACAACGGUAAUAACAACACUGGCAAUGCAGACAACACUGGCAAUGCAGACAACACUGGCAAUGCAGACAACACUGGCAAUGCAGACAACACUGGCAAUGCAGACAACACUGGCGGCGCGGGCAACGGUAACGGCAACGGCGAUGAGGAUGAUGAGGAAGAUACCCAGGACCAGAGCGAUAAUAACACCAACAACCGCAACAACCGCCGCGCUACCCACUUCUCUGCAUAA